GGUGUUAACUCGUUAUAGAUAAAAUAAUGCCAUGGAACACUGUUGGUUACAGUUAUAGUUGGAUAUCAUCUGUAUGCGAUGAUAGUCGUCGGAACGAGUGUUUGCGGUAUCCUUUUCAUGAUUAUCAAUAAAGUACAGUUUUCUAUCGUUUUAUUUGUUUAUCCACAAUCGUCAUAAACUGGUAAACAACUAAAUAAUAAUUUUCAUGUCAACAAGGUUACUUCUAUGUGCAUUAUUACCCGUUUUCGAGUUAGUGUGUGUAUGUUUAAACUGUAAAUCAUAUUCUAACGUGAAUUAUAGUAAAGAUUCAUCUCAUCUCUCACACCGCCUAUGGUAACGCAACGAUGAAUUAGAUUAGUGAAUAUGAACCGCUUGCUGUUCACAGAUUUUAGUGUACAAAUAUAUGCCACAUAAUAUUACCAAGCAUGGACGAUGUAGAUGAAACAGAUGAACGAGAAGAAUUAUUCUACAAUAACGUUAGAGAAAAAAUAAUUUUUCUCUUGUUGUUCGUUUUAUUACUCGCUUUCAGUUAUGCUGUUAUCAACCAUUAUAGAAAACGGGACAACAUUAUUGUUUCCGUUCAAGAUGAAGAUGAUUUUACAGUUUAUAAAUAUAGCUUGUUACUCUGUACUAUUUCAUUGGCAGUUUCUAUAGGUGCAGCCUUAUUGCUACCUAUUUCAAUAGCCAGUAAUGAAGUUUUAUCUUUGUAUCCUUCUAGCUAUUAUGUUCAAUGGUUAAAUCAUUCACUCAUCCAAGGAUUAUGGAGCUUGGUAUUUUUAUUUUCAAAUCUAUCUCUUUUUGUGUUCCUACCAUUUGCAUUUCUAUUCAAUGAAUCUGAAGGAUUUCCUGGCCAACGAAAAGGCUUAAAAGCUAGAGUUUAUGAAACAUGUACAGUACUUAUGUUGCUUUCAAUAUUUGUUCUCGUAUUGACAUAUUUGCUAUACACAGUAUUUUAUGCUGAACAAUCAAUAUUUUACAUGCUAUUCAAUUUAUGGAACAAUUAUUUACCGUUUUUAUACUCUUGCAUUUCAUUCAUUGGUGUACUUAUGCUAUUAAUAUGCACUCCAUUUGGGUUUGCUACCUUAUUUACCAUUUUAAGUCGGUUUAUGAUUAAACCACAAUUACAAAAGACCACAGAUGAAGAAAUCAGUAUUUUAAGACUCGAAGUUGACUGCAUCAAUAGAAGAUUGAGCCAAGUAACAAUGAAUGGUUUUACAUGCAUGUCUCCAGAACCCAUGUUAGAAGGAAAAAAACAAAAUAUAGUUUAUACUCAGAAGGAAUUGUGGAAAUUACAAAAUGGAAAACUAAAAAGUGGAUUAACUGAUAAAUUAUUAAAUUAUCAAGAAAGACUUGAUGUACUGGAAAAACAAAGAAAAACUUCAGUAUUCCGUAAGCUAUUUUUAUAUCCAACGUUCAUGCUGUUGUUGUUAGCUCUAACUGUUGUUACAGUUUUAUUGGUUGUUCAAAAUUUGAUUUUAAUACUUAUUGGAAUUAAAGCAUUACCUCUAAAUACUAGACAAUUUACCUUGGGUGUGAGUUCUCUAUCAAAAUUAGGACCUUUUGGAGCUGGAUUGGAAAUAGUCAUCAUUUUAUAUAUGUUAGUGGCCUCAACUGUUGGUUUAUAUUCAUUGCCUGUGGUAUCUACUUAUCGUCCAUAUAUUAAACAAACACCAUUGACACACAUUGUGGGCAAUUGUACUUUAAUGCUUAUAUUAAGCUCUGCAUUGCCAUUAUUAUCUAGAAUUUUAGCUGAUUAUGGAAGAAUUGAAUGGCUUGGUAAUUUUACAAUUGUUGCACUGUAUAAUCUAGUAUUUGCUACUACUGCUACACUAAGUUUAUUUAACAAAUUUACUUCGGCUGUACGAAAAGAACUUUUAUCAAGACUAAAAAGUUUUUGGAAAUGGAUGAUGGGCCGUGACUACAGUAUUACACACCUUAAUUCUAGUUUUUCAGUAGACAAUUCACCGACGGUUGCUAAAAAAAAUAGUUGAUUCUAUUAUUCAAAUUUAAAUUAUUUAUAAUUUAUAC